GGGGUGAAAGCUCCGCCCCCUCAUACAGACUGCAGGAGCACUGGAUCGUGCCACAAGAGCUGCAUGAGGGCUGAAAGCUCCGCCCCAUCACACAGACUGCUGGAGCUGGAGCACCGGAUGUCGUGUCAGUCACGUUACGUACAUCCGGUUUGAAAAUAAAACGGCAGUCUUCAUCUAUCGCUCCAUCAGCACUUCAUCAGGGCCCCAAAGUGUAAGGAAUAGGGAGGGUCAAUUCCUACUACUUUACCCAUCCUGUGAAGAUGAUGUCCUUUUCACCACGAGACCUACCAGAAGCCCAUUGGAAGGAGGAAUCGGAUGAACACGCCGACACAACUCCAGAGUCCUUGGUGGGUCGUGUAGACACUCUUGUGUUGCCUGAAGACUCACCACCUCCUUGUCCAGUCCGUGGAAGAACUUUACAGACCCUACGUGAGCACGACUUACACCAGCGCAACCACGAUGCUGACCUCUCCUACGCCUGCAAAGACUGUGAUGUAGCCCGCGCUGGAGCCACCGGUGGCAGCGAUAAACCCUACUCCUGUUCCGAGUGUGGGCGCCGGUUCUGCUGGUUGAUAGCCCUGCACAGCCACCACGAGCUGCAGCACACUGGCCAGAGUGGCUUCCGGUGUUCAGUGUGUGACAAGCAGCUGACCAGCCAACCGGCCUUUCGGAGGCACCAGCAGACUCAUCGUAAGGACGGGAUUUGUGUCUGGUGCGGAAAAGCAUUUAACUGCUCAGCUAAGUUGUCCCAACACACACGCAUUCACACCGGGGAGAGGCCCUACCAGUGCCCAGAGUGCCCAAAGGCAUUCACACAACUAGAAACAUUGCGUGUCCACCAGCGGGUGCAUGAAGACCCAAAGCUGUACAACUGCCAGGACUGCGGACGCAGGUUUCGUACCAAAUGCAGAUUUGAGAAGCACAGGGACAUGCACAUCACGCGCAAGCCUCAUGCCUGCCCUGUUUGUGGCAAGACUUUCUUUUUAUCCUACCGCUAUAAACUGCACCUGCGCGUCCACACGGGCGAGAGACCCUUUCAGUGCCAACAGUGCGGCAAGAGCUUCAACCAGCGUUCCAAUUACCAUCGCCACCGGCAGAUGCAUUCGGGGAAAAAGCCCUUUCCUUGCAACUUGUGCGGAAAAAGCUUCAGCCAAGCUUCGAACUACCGGCGGCAUCUGCAGAUUCACAGGAAGGAGCGGGGAAUGUCGGAAGAGGAGGAAGGAGACUAUACGUGCACCGAGUGUGGGCUUCGCUUUACACAGGAGGGAGGGCUCCAUGAACACUAUAUACAGCAUGCCAGGGGGGAGCUGUGACUCUAAAUAAAGGCAUGACCCGUAAAAAAAUCCCUUCGUUAGAAAUAAAGGGGGGGGGAGCGGGAGAUUCUGUCAUUAAAAGGAAUAAUGUUUAAGGAGGAGGAGGAGGAUGGUGGUCACCCUACCCAUACUGUGUCUAAGCUAUUAUACCUAGGUUUGGGGACAGCAUUUAGAUGAAACUGCGCACGUUUCUUAGGUUUCUGCUUAUUUCAACAAUAUAAGGAAAAAAGAGGCAAGAAUGUGAACAUUUGAUAGGAAUCCCUGAUUUUGCCUAUUUAACCCCUUCGCGACCUUUGCCGGUUCAGGACCGUCAUGACAAGAAGGUCACUAAAUGACCUUUGACGGUCCUGAACCGUCAAAAAAUUAAAUAAGCUUAGAAAGUGAUCAAGGAUCACUUUCUUCGCUUAAACGGCCUUGCUGCAAUGCCUCGAUGUCGAGGCAUUCAGCAAGGCCGAAAUCGGCAUCGGGGGCCAUGUCUGGCCCCUCCCCGGGGCGUCAACAGCCGCCAUACAUUGUAUGGCGGCGGACGCCCGUUUUAAAAGCGUUUAGGAGGCGAUCAAUGAUUGCCUCCUAAACUUAAAUGGUGUCGCUGGAAUGCCUCGAUCAGGACAUCAAAUACCCAAGGGGUGUCUAUUAUAAAAAAAAAUGGCUGAUGGGGUAAAUUGGAGUGGCCUAGCUCAAAGAUAGGGCACAAGUACAGACUGACCAAAAUGGAGAAAAAAAAGCGCACUUCCCAAAUGUGGCAUUUUAAAUCUGAAACAACCCGACAAACCCAUGCAUGUCGGGUAUCACUGCACUCAGGAGAUGUUCCUGAACACACAUUGGGGGGUUGUUUGACAGUGGCAUAUACCAGAACCUGUAUAUCUAUAACUAAAGUACAAUUUGUGUGAAAAAAAAAUUACUGUUACAAAGUUUAACAAAGUGUAGUUCUAUAAUUGGUGCAUGGAAAGGGUUAAAAUAACAGCAUUUGGAAUACCCUGGGGUGUCUAGUUUUCAAAAAUAUAUGGUUUGAGGGGGUUAAAUUGAGUUAACCCGCUUCAAAGAUGUUCCAAAGAGGAGAUGGAGGCAGAAUGACCAAAUGACCACCUGAAUUACGCAUGCCCCAAAAGUAGCCUUUUACCAGCCAAACAAUCUGACAAACCCAUGCAUGUGGGGUAUCGCUGUACUCAGGAGAUGUUCCUGAACACAUAUUGGGGGGUUGUUUCACAGUGGCAUAUACCAGGACCUGUAUAUCUAUAACUAAAGUACAAUUUGUGUGGAAAAAAAAAUAAAAAAAAUUACUAUUACAAAGUUUGACAAAGUGUAGUUCUAUAAUUGGUGCAUGGAAAGGGUUAAAAUAACAUCAUUUGGAAUACCCUGGGGUGUCUGGUUUUCAAAAAUAUAUGGUUUGAAUGGGUUAAAUUGAGUUAACCAGCUUCAAAGAUAUUCCAAAGAGGAGAUGGAGGCAGACUGAGCAGAUUUGUUAAAAAAGAUUUGGAAAUCAUAAAACGCUGCUUGUACUUAUUGCCCUAUAACUUACAAAAAACA